AUGUCCUCCUGCAACAACUCUAUCACUCAACCUUUGAUAUUCAUCCUGGCUGGAAUCCCUGGACUGGAAUCUGCCCAUGGUUGGUUCUCUGUGCCUUUCUUCUUGAUAUUUAUUAUUACCCUCAUAGGCAAUGUCACCAUCUUCAAUAUCGUUUGUCUUGAGAAGAGUCUCCAUGAGCCCAUGUUUCUCCUCUUGGCCAUGCUAUCAGUUGUUGACUUGUGCCUGGUUAGUGCCACUGUGCCCCGUAUGUUAGGAAUCUUCUGGAUGAAUGCCAAAGAAAUCAGCUUUGAUGCCUGCCUCACACAGAUGUUUUUCAUUCCUCUCUUUUAUGUUAUGGAGUCUGGGAUCCUCUUGGCCAUGGCCUUUGACAGAUUUGUGGCUAUCUGGUACCCUCUGAGGUAUACAACCAUCCUUGACAGCAGCACGCUUGUGAAAAUGGCAACAGCUAUCCUGGUGCGGGCAGUGACAGUGUUGACUCCAGCACCCAUCCUGGCAAAAAGACUGGAAAGCUUCCAAACCCAAGUCAUCGCUUACUCCUACUGUGCCUACAUGGCUGUGGUGAUGAUCGCAUGUGGAGACAUCUCCAGCCACAUCGUCUAUGGUCUCAUGGUUAUUGUGGCAUCUGUGGGAAUUGAUCUGGUUUUGAUCAUUGUGUCAUAUACCAUUAUCCUUCGUGCUGUCUUUCGUAUUCCAUCCUGGGAAGCCCGGGGCAAAGCUCUUAGCACUUGUGGCUCUCAUCUUUGUGUCAUUGGGCUGUUCUACUCUCCUGUUGUCUUUUCUGUCUUGUCCCAGAUGUUAGGGUACCAUAUGGCUCCCUAUUUACAGAUCAUAAUUGACAAUUUAUAUUUUCUGGUGCCUCCCAUGGCCAACCCCUUGAUCUAUGCAGUAAGAACCAAACAGAUGCAAGAGUGGGUGCUGCGGAUACUCAGCUGCCACAGGAGCUGA